AUGGUGUAUAAAGCCGGAUUUACGUAAAAUUCAGUUUCCUUCUCCCGAUUUUUCUUCCUUACCGACGCACUCAUUAUUCGAAUUCAUUAUUCGUUGGAAAUCCGUCAUUUGAUCACUUAUCUCGCAGAUACAUGUGACAAAACAAAAAAAGGGAAAAUACUACGGCUAAGUGCGUGGCGUUCUUUUCUUUCUUGCGGGUUUUUUUCUUCAUUUUUUUCGUCGAUUAGUCUGAAUCUCAGUACAUCUUGUAAGCGACUUUAGGGAGAGUUUUAUUCCAACUUGAUGGAAUUAUAUUUUAUGCACGUAGCUUUAGCAGAUCAAUGAUCACGGUAAUUACGUUCUCAGAAGUUUACUUUGAUCAUGUAAUUUUACGUAGGCACAAAACAACCCCUUCUCUGUAAUGCCGCAACCACUUUCAUGCUGAGGGUCUUGCCCAAAAAUAUGUCACCAUCAUCCAUAGCCGUAUUGUCUCUACUUAUAUGUCCUGAGCUUCUUCCUUCCUUCUUACGAUUCUCUGAUUUGUCAAAAGAAGGGACGGGCUGAACUGCUAUCGGCCGUCUAGACCCUAAAUACAUCGCAGUCUUGCAAACAUUUGGAGUAAAAAAAAUGAUUUUACAUCUCAGCAAGCAGACGGCGACUUACAGCACGAUGCGGCAGAGAGUGCGACAGCAACUAAAUGUCUGAUAGCACAUGCAUUGCCCAAGGCAGCCGGAGAGAACCUGAAUGAGGUAGCACAAAGUCAAACAGCGGACGAAUUGCCAAAAGCUUCCGCUGAGAGUUCGAGUGACAAAGCUCACUGUCAAACAGCGUAUGAAUCGCCAAAGAGUGUUGCAGAGAUGCAGAAGCUGGAAGUUGCCGAUCGUCGAACAGCGGUGGAGUCACUUGAGGCGAUCGCAGAAGCACAGAAGCCGGAAGCAGUUCAAAACAGAGAAGCCGUUGGAUUUCUCGAGGGUGGAGAGGAGACGCAGAAGCUGGAAGUGGCCGAUCGUCAAACACCGGUGGAGUCACUUGAGGCGGUCGCAGAAGCACAGAAGCUGGAACUAGUUCAAAACAGAAAAGCCGUUGGAUCUCUCGAGGGUGGAGAGGAGACGCAGAAGCUGGAAGUGACCGAUCGUCAAACACCGGUGGAGUCACUUGAGGCGGUCGCAGAAGCUCAGAAGCUGGAACCAGUUCAAAACAGAGAAGCCGUUGGAUCUCUCGAGGGUGGAGAGGAGACGCAGAAGCUGGAAGUGGCCGAUCGUCAAACACCGGUGGAGUCACUUGAGGCGGCCGCAGAAGCUCAGAAGCUGGAACCAGUUCAAAACAGAGAAGCCGUUGGAUUUCUCGAGGGUGGAGGGGAGACGCAGAAGCUGGAAGUGGCCGAUCGUCAAACACCGGUGGAGUCACUUGAGGCGGUCGCAGAAGCUCAGAAGCUGGAACCAGUUCAAAACAGAGAAGCCGUUGGAUCUCUCGAGGGUGGAGGGGAGACGCAGAAGCUGGAAGUGGCCGAUCGUCAAACACCGGUGGAGUCACUUGAGGCGGUCGCAGAAGCUCAGAAGCUGGAACCAGUUCAAAACCCUGGAUCUCCCGAGGGUGGAGGGGAGACGAUCGCAAUGCCCGAGGCCAUCCCAGUCCAGGCUAAAUCCCCGAGUGAGAUUGCACGCUCCUCUCUUAAUAAUCAGUCUCGAGACAUCUUUUUAAAAGUCUUAACAUAUUUUGCCCUGUCUACCAGAUCUGCCCAAGACUGUUCAGGUGAAGUUUACGCUGCAGAAGUCAUGCCGGUUUGGCGAGCAAUUCCUCCUUCUUGGAGCGGGCACCAGCCUUGGUCAGUGGGACGUCGCCAACGCCAUACCAUUGGAAUGGUCGGAUGGCCAUGUGUGGAUAACCGAGAUGGUAACUCACCCUUCACUCUCAUAUUUGCAAACGGAAGUGUACUGCCGCCCGACAAGCUGAUGAUAUUCGGUGUCCUGUUUUGCAUCAGGGGUUGCCGGUGGAGGAAGAGAUAAAGUUCAAGUUUGUGCGUCGAGAGCUAUCUGGGAAGCUCGCAUGGCAACCGGGUCCUGACAGAAUCUUGCGGACCUGGGAAACCACGAACACAAUCAUCGUUGCAGGAGAGUGGGAGAAUGCGGACGACCAAAAGAUAAAAGAGGAGGAACCAUCUGCCAUACCGGCGCCGGGUGAAUUCUCUGAAGAGCGCGAUGAUGAUGUCGUUAGAAAUGGGGAAGUUUUGAUCGCUGCACCCGAUCGCUGGAGCAAGUAGCCAGUGGGGUAGCGGGCGGCCUGUCCGGAGAGUUUACCUUCGGUUGAGUAGAGCUAAGUGUUGGAUGGGGUGUGCAAUGUUUCUUCUUUGUUUGUAUGUGCCCAGUGUGGUAACCUCUACUUGUCCGCUCAGAGCACGCUGUGAGAUGAGGGAGUGACUUUCGAAGCUAGUAGUGGAUGCCUUUCUUUGCCGUCCCUGAUUAUCAGUUCCGUCGGCAACCCUCUUAUUGUCUCCACGUGGACAAUCAGAGGAGAGAUUUGUACUCUCCCUCCUCACGGUUCCAUAUUUUGUACGUACGUACACACACACACACACACAUGUAUGUAUCUAUAUAUGCAUGUCAAUAUCCCGGCUUGGGCCUGGCUUGAACUAGAAUCUGGCGUCAACAGAAUCCCCAGGUUAAUGCUGCCAGGGCCGCUGCUCGCCGCUGCUGUCGUCGGAUCUCUCACAAACAAGGCAUAA